CUCGACAAAUAACGUUUUCAGCUAACGAACCGAUAUCAACGAUGAACAUCGAAGAGUACCGCAGAAGAGGAAAGGAAAUGGUUGACUAUAUCGCAGACUAUUUGGAAAAUAUUCGAGACCGACGCGUCUUUCCGAAUGUAAAGCCUGGCUACAUGCGAAAUCUGUUGCCCGACUCGGCUCCGCUGGAAGGUGAAGAAUGGCAACACAUUUUUCUGGACGUGGAACGAGUCAUAAUGCCGGGUAUUACCCACUGGCAAAGUCCUCACAUGCAUGCGUACUUUCCUGCCACGAAUUCAUUUCCGUCGCUGUUAGGCGAUAUGCUAGCUGAUGCUGUGAACUGUCUAGGAUUUACGUGGGCAUCGUCACCGGCCUGCACAGAACUGGAAACCAUUGUGAUGAGUUGGUUGGGUAAAAUGAUUGGCCUGCCCGAUGUGUUUUUACAUACAAAUAGUGCGAGCAAGGGCGGUGGUGUUAUUCAGACAACGGCAUCCGAAGCAACAUUAGUUUGCCUACUAGCCGGACGUACUCAGGCAAUCCGUAGAUUUCAUGAACAUACGCCCGGAUUAUCGGAUGCAGAGAUUAAUGCACGUCUCGUUGCUUACUGCUCGGAUCAAGCGCAUUCGAGUGUGGAGAAAGCAGCGUUGAUCGGAUUGGUGCGAAUGAGAUACAUCGAGUCGGAUGAUAAUCUGUGUCUUCGGGGUGACGCACUUCGCGAAGCUAUUGUCAACGAUACCAAGUUGGGAUUGAUACCAUUUUGGGUUUGUGCUACACUCGGUACAACUGGUGGCUGUUCGUUCGAUAAUUUGGAUGAGGUCGGUUCCGUUUGUCUCGAUUUUAAGCUGUGGUUACACGUUGAUGCUGCUUAUGCGGGCAGUGCGUUUAUCUGUCCCGAGUAUCGUCGGUGGCUGAAGGGGAUUGAGAAAGCUGAUUCGAUCGCAUUUAAUCCGUCAAAGUGGCUAUUGGUUCAUUUCGAUUGUACGGCAUUGUGGGUUAAAAAUAGCGGCGCAUUACACAGAACAUUCAACGUUGAACCGCUGUAUCUACAGCACGAGAACUCGGGUCUUGCCAUCGAUUACAUGCACUGGCAAAUUCCGCUGAGUAAAAGGUUUCGUUCGCUGAAACUAUGGUUUGUCAUUCGAAAUUACGGGAUUAAGGGACUUCAGAAGCAUAUAAGAGAGGGCGUUCGCUUAGCACAAAAGUUCGAAGCACUAGUACUGGCCGAUAAUCGUUUCGAAAUUCCGUACGCUCGACACUUAGGCAUGGUAGUGUUCCGUAUCAAAGGUGACAAUGACCUUACGGAAAAGUUACUGAAACGGUUAAAUCAUCGGGGAAAUCUUCAUUGUGUGCCGGCGUCGUUGAAAGGGAAAUAUGUAAUCAGAUUCACCGUAACAUCUAUACGAACAACUAACGACGAUAUCAUCAAAGAUUGGGCGGAAAUUCGUUUGGUCACAACUGAAAUACUGAAGGAACUCAAUAUUCGCAUUGCUGACCGCGCUAAAGUCCCACUUAAAGAUACUCGGGAGAAGAACGAAGCAUUCGGUUCCAGUUUACUGUUGGCCAAUUCGCCCAUGUCGCCCAAGAUAGUCAACGGUUCAUUUGCUGCUAUUUUCGAUGCUGACGAAUUUUUGGCCAAAGCGUAUGCAGGAAUUCGGGCAACGAAUCAAAACUCACCAGCAAUGAGACGGAGGGUAAGGGGUAUUUUGAUGUCUGGCAAACAGUUUUCGCUCGAUUCGCGUAUGGAUCUGUAUGGAAUCGACACAAAUACGCUGAGCCAAGAAGACAGUGCGAACGGUAUGAUUGAAGAAAAUAAAUCGAUUAACGAAGAUGUUGAGGAUGCGUGGGAAGCUUAUGAACCAUUCGCCCACCUAACGAGAAUAUGCGCAGUGAAGCGCAGCAAACGUUCCCAAAGUACGGACGCUGUGGUUCCAGUCCACAAUAGAAACUGUUCGAAUAAAUCAUCUGCAUCGUGUUACACUGAAAAAAUGUUUAGCUUAAGUUCGUAUAAGAAUUGUGAAAGAAAUUGUCCGUCAUCCGAUCGGCCGUAUCGUCGGCGAUCAUUCAAUUCCAGUUUGCAUAGCAUCGAUGAGACUGACACCCUCGAUUUUCAGCGUUCACGCAAACGGGAACUGUCCACGUAUAAUGCCUACCCGGAAAAGCGGCUAUCCGAUCCACUACUUCACUGUGCAUUCAUCAACAAAGGAUUUGACGUUGAACUGAAUCGCAGACAGUUUUCCAUGUUCGACACCUUUUCCCCAGACUAUCGUCAAUCCAAUGCGUAUCCCAUACCAAAGGUCAAGGUACGAAUUUCCGAUGAAUGUGGCAACCGGAUCGACAAUUCGUUCGAUUCGCAAUCGGAUUCGAUUGUUGAUGACUGUUGGAACUUUGGUACGGCGAAAACUCGUAACGAUUGUCAGUAUGGUGAUGCAUUUAGCAUAGUUUGUGAUGAGGGUGUCUCGCGACAACCUGUGAAAAAAUGCGGUAAAUGUGGCCACAGAAAACCGUUGGAGACACAAUUUUCGACCACAUUCAGUUAGUUUAGUCUCCACACGUUAGGAGAAAUAAUUUUUGAAAUAAAGACAUCGGAGGCUUUUACAGUUUUUCUAAAUUGCAAUUUGUUGAAUUGCCCUACUGGGCCCUACUUUCGGGCUAAUUUUAGUGUCAGUCGGCAAAAUAUUUCUAUCACUUCUGUUAUCUUGCGCUAGAAGGGCUAGAACGAGGAUAGGCUUAGUGUAUAUCUCGGCGGAUCGCACAUCAUGGAAAGUCCAAAUUGGGUUGGGGUCAAAAUCAAGAAAUAAAAUUUUCGUUAGCGAGUUUGACAUGCAUGACAAGUUGUAAAUUUGACUAGCAAGACUCGCCCACGAAAAUUUUAUUUGUUAUGAAAUGUCAGGUUUUCCCGAACGAUGUAUGCGGGAAAAAAUUCAUUUCUUUACGAUUUAUCGUGUGAGAACGGUCUUGGUACGAAAAAUACUAUUUUCAAUUCUUCUCUUCAUUUGGCUGCAACGCCCCGCAUUUUGACACCAAUUUGGAUUUUCUACGAUGUGCUUUUGGAAUUUCAUUUCG